AUGGGCACGUCCACAGGAUCCAACCUACGCUACAGCCUCACGCAGCAGCUGCUGAAACGCCGUCGCUCGGCACGCGUUCCCAUUCGCUACAACCCACGCGAUCCUCGUUUCUCAUUCGCUGAAACCAGGCGCCGGCCAGGACCGCCCGUUAACCUCUCCAACCGCAUAAAUGCAGUAGCGCCGCGACUGGGGAAGAAGCACACAAUAUUGAAACAGCCCGUCAUGACGGGAACCAGGAGCACCCGAGACACCCGCAGCGUGGUCCUUCUCCAGGCGAUUCGCGCGAAACUCGUCGAAUACCACGAAGCGCUCGUGCGACAGCUGGUGGACGAGCGCGAGGCGGUGCGCGCAGCUGGCUUGGCGCAAGUACCUGAGCGUGUAAAGGACGUGAGAAAGCAUGGCGUGACCGAGACGAAAGAGGAACCUGUACUUGCUGAUGUACGAGCCACAAAAAUGGUGACGCACAAGCACGUGGACACUGUCCAGGGCCUCGUUCCGACAGGCUGGUCUCCUGCUGCGAGCUGUGCAAGUAUAGACAUGCCGGCGCCGGUGAUGAAUGAGAAGACACGUGAAGAUACGGUCUUGAAAAAGCGACAGCUGGCAGAGGCACAAAUGACCGAAGUGGUUUGGGUUGAGGUGGAUCAAGCGUCUGUGAAAAAGGCAAAGUCGAGCGAAGAAAAGCACCAGCAGUUCAAUGGGAAGUCGGACAGGCGAGAGGCUUGUUCAACGAGCGCAAUCGUAGACAAGCGGAACGGUGCUGCUGUGAAACACCAGGAAGGUUUGACUCAAAGCGCUGUACAUUGUGUUGCGCGGACAUCGGCCCCUCCGAGCAAGUAUGUCAUGCAGAAGCGGCGGGAAGAGGAAGCUUUGGAUAACAGAGCUGGUCACGAUCAACAACAGCCAGUUUCGCUAGCUUCACCGCCAGCCAGCAACGAGGAUGCACGUCUAAAACGGUCGGUGUCAACGCCUCGAAGCGCUCUAGUGUCUGCAGACGUGAAUAUAAAGUUUGAGCAAACACUGCGCGAGUCUGUGCGUCUUCGCCAGGAAGUGAAUAAACGCAGCCUAUCCGUGACACGAAAACGACAGUUGCCACAACUGUUAACACCAGCGCGUUGCAAGACUCACUGGGACUGCUUACUGGAGGAAAUGAAAUGGAUGGCGACGGAUUUUACGCAGGAGCGUAAUUGGAAACGAGUGCUGCAGUAUCGUAUUGCAACUGAUGUGAUAGUUGCGCGAAAUCUAGGAAGCGUGCGUCAGGAACUAGCCAAUCGUCAGACGGCGCGUAGCGUCGCUCUACAGAUCUCGGCAUUCUGGCGCACGAUGGAACGCAUUGCUGCAAGGUCAAGAGUGCGACUUGAAGCUGCAGGUGAUCGCUCAACUCGUGCCAAUUUUUAUGACACUGGUGGUGGUGGGCAUGCUGCACAGUACGGCGACCACAGUAGACGUGACAGCCUUGAAGACGUUGUGAUGGUUAAUGCGGGUGAGGGCACUUUACCACUAAAAUAUCAUACCAUUGAUAUUGCACCUAGCAGCAAGAUUGACGCGAAGAGUGAUGGAAAAGAAGCGGGGAUGAAAGCAGACACAGUGCUAGCAACUACCAAAGCACACGUCAAUUAUAUCGUGAGUGCAGGCAAGCGAGCGCGCAGUGCCAUGACCUCUUUGUCGACCGGAUGUUCGAAUGCGGAUCGGUCUACCGCCCGGUCUCUACGUGAGGCGGCCUUUCGGGAUUUGCAAGCGCGGUGUACCGCGUCGCCGGCGAAAGGAGGGCCCACCAUUAUUUUAGCCGCUUUUCAACUUCUGGCGUUAAGGUGGAUGUUGGACUUGUACUCGAGUGGCCUCAACAUAUUUCUGAAUGAUCAACUUGGCAUGGGCAAGGCAGCCACGAUCGUCGCUUUCUUUAGCUUGAUUGAGAUCGUGUCGUCUCAUAAGUAUGAGCAGCAGAAUGAAAGCGGCUCAGUACGUUCACGUACUCCAGGACGCGCACGGGCUAAAAAGGCCAAAGGUCCACAUCUGAUAGUCGUGUCAGACGAAGAGCUCCAUAAGUGGCGGCAUUAUCUUCGAAUAUGGCACCCAGACCGGCGUGUUCAGCUUUACGAUGGCGCUGAUCAAACGUUACAUUACAGGAAAAGGCUGCAAAGGGAGUGGGAAACCAAGCUUCGAGUUCAAGCUCACACAGGUGAAGACGAUUUUCUUGUAGCCCUACUUAACGACGACGAUGGCGAAGAGUUGGACGACGACGAAUGUGCUGAACCUGUUUACUGUGUGCUGUGCCCCGUAAAUGCAUUCAAUGAAGACCGACAAGCUUUUGUGGCGUUUCCGUAUUGGCAGAUGGUCGUUGUAGAGAACGAGCAUGGUGGUAGUUUCGAUGACCCAGUGUGUGUAUCUGCGCUGCAACAGCUUCGACAGCAGCAGCGUCGAGUCUUGUGUAACGGUCAGUCAAUUGAAAACUGGAGAAGCCUUGCACUGCGACUGCAGUACGCAGAAUUUCUGGUGCGGGAAGCUCCCGCUUUUGGUGACAGCAACGUGCGCAAAAGCCGCCAGCAUCGAAUAGAAAGUUGGCCUGAGCAGGACAUUCAAGUGGAGAGGUCAUCUGUGGCAGCGGUGAUGAAGGCAUACAGCAAAUCGGCAAGUGUCCGUGGAGCUUUGUUGAAGGCGUCUUCCCAGACGAACGAUACUGCGCGGCAUGUGAAUGCGUUACUGCUGGCAAUGUCGUGCCUCAGUCUGCGUCGUGUUCGCAGCGAAGUCGAGCCCGAGUUACGCAAAAUUGAAGAGAUCAGUUUGAGUUGCCAACUCAGUCAGUCGCAAAGCACACAAUACCGAGGUGAGCUGGCUAGGUUCAUGGCGACACUAGACGCUGCCGGUGGCCGCGAACAGCGGCUGAGAGUCUGGCUGCAACUUUUACUGCGCUUACGUCGGAUCUGUAAUUGCGUUGAUCUUGUGAACGAUACGGACAAGCUGGGACACGCUGAUUUGCGGCUGCUGGCUGAUUGUUCUGCGAAAUUGAAGACAUUGGAACCGUUGCUACGUCGACUGACGCUUCAAGAAGGCAAGAAGGUGGUGAUAUAUUGCCAGUUUCAUGGUAUGUUUCCCGUCUUAGAGCUUCUACUUUCUUUGCUCAAUAUCGGUUGCGUGCGCAUUACUGGCUCGCUAGCCAUGCAGCGUCGUGCGCUUUACCAUUUCGCUAAUCGCCGUGUAGUUCGCGUGGCGCUCGCGUCCACUCGUCUGUCCACUUCGAACGGCAUUCUGGCAGCUUCAGUGUAUGGCAGCGAAGCGAUCGUAGUCGUUGAUGGCGACUGGAAUGCCACAUGUGAUGCAAAACUUCGGGCAAGUUGGGCUAAAAUAGCUGCUUGUGGUGCUGAAACUCUUCCAGUCUACCGACUACACUGUGAAAAUACUGUCGAGACAUCAUUACUAAGCGUGGGGGCUUUUCUCACGGAGAAAGUGUUUAGUAAGAUGAGUCCACUAGAGCUACUUGCUGUGCCGUCUGAUAUGGCGUCGAUGAUUGAAAAACCCAGUUGGUGGUCGUUGACGAGUAGCAGCACGAAUGGGUUGACGGCUACUGGGGCGAUAGUUGACCUAGCCAGUGUGGCUCAAGAGGUGGAAAUAAACGAAAAGUAUUGCGGGGGUCCUAGCGAGCUAGAAGUACCUCUCGUGGUACACAACGUGGACCUGCAUGCAGAGGAACACCUUUUGUUGGCCAAUACGGACGAGCUGAAUCCAGUCGAAUGGUACGCCGUCGACUACGUCCACAGCAUCACCGAUAAAAAUCCUCAACGAGGUGACGAGAGGAGAGCCGAGCGAGUCGCUGAAAGAAUUGAAGAAGAGAGCGGUCCUUCUUGGGAUACAGGAGACAAGCUCUCACAAUUGGGCGAGCGCUCAUUUGAGACUCUGGCUGUCUUUGAAGCAAACAGGCAGUGGCGAGAAGGCGAUGCUGUUGCGCAGCUUUUUCACAGCGUCAAAUCCCUUAGCGGUACAGUGGGUAACAGCGCGCUUGAAGAUCUGUUUAUGCAGAUGCGUAUGCAAGGCAUGGAAACGUGUUUUGACGUCUACAUGCCUCCACAAGUACCUCGCUUGGGUCUUGCAAGAUUACAGCCGGGGGCAUUUGCCACGGGCAUCGACACCCGGAUGACGUUCCGGGUUUCAUAUCUUGUGCCGGCUCCUGUCCCACCAGUCCCUCACGUUGGAAAGUCGAAGUUUGAUCACAUUGUCGGCCAGCACGGAGACGUGUCCAGAUUUAACAAGCUCAGCAAGAAACAGCGGGUCAGCAUCGCUGUUGUCGCGGGAGCCCGAGCAGGUGUGCUUGGAUCAGUACCUGGUUCGAACUUGACGGACUUGCCAAGUAACUCUGCCGGUGUCAAACGCAAGCUUGAAUCGCAGUUAGGCGGGAUGAAGUCGGGGCUUCAGAAGGAGCGACGUGUGGACCUCGAGGGAAUUCCUGUCUCCGACGUAUCUGAAUUUCCUGAUGAUGAUUUUUGGGGGGACACAAAUCUGGAUGCUCUCGAUUCGGCCGAGUGGGAUGAUCCUGCUCUUUUUAGCGGCAUUUUGGGUACUGGUGUGGGCGCUCUUGAAACGACGGUAUCCUCUAUAGCCUCUUCGUCUGGUACAUCAUCCAGUGGAGCAGGUGCGUCUUCGGCAUCGACGGCGAGCGGUAUGGUCGGUGGUGGUAUCGGAGCGCAUGUUGAUUCAGGUUUUAAGACAGGCUCUCAGAAAAGCUCGAAAAAGCUGAAAGUGGGAACAGGCCGAGCCCGGAAAAGCAGUAUGUCUUUUCCCGAGUCUGGGCGUGACGUUUGGAGCGUGCAAGAUGACAUCAUCCUGAAGAAACUGUUUGAACUUUACGGUGCCAACUGGACUCUCAUCGCGCAGGUCUUCAAUUCGACUACUGCGGUUUCUUGUUUCGUCUGCAAUAAGCGCUCACCUCGACAAUGUUAUGAUCGUUACGGCAAGAUAAUUUCAUGCGGUUUCGCUGCGGUUGCAAGCGGGGCUUCAGCCGGUGCAACAGCCGCUAUAACGAACGAAGACAAGCCCAAUGUUUCAUUUAAAGUCCACCGUGGUGCAAGUCUUGCGGCCGCAGGGCUGGACACGCGCAUCGGAUUGGCACAUAACGAAUUGCUUGCAAAGUUUCCACGACGUUAUUCUCUUCCUGGUUUACCGCCACCUUCUAUUGCGGGUGCACCGAGCCAGAAGGGAUUGACGCUGGCCUACAGACAAAGACAAGUUGCCGCUGAUGGUGAUGUCGGCAAAAAGGCAAUCUAUACGUCUGCUGGAGGACUGGAGGACUUGAGGUCUAUAAAAGCCUCAUUUGACGCUAUUAUUCAGUGCGUGAAGCGCAAGACGUCGCCACCGCCGAUUCCGAUUCCUGCCGAAACUACUUCCGCGACAUCUGCAUCGACCGCGGCGCCGCCUGCUUUGGGCUCAGCGGAUUUGGGCACAAAAGCGUCACUCACGGCUGCGUCGUUUUCGUCUUCGCAGGCCUUGACUCCAGCUUCGGCCCCAUCUACUCCUGCUAAAGUCAGCGCGAAGGCGUUAAAAAAGGCUUCUGUGUCACCAGUAGCAGCCAUAAAGUCGAAUCCUGUGGCGAUGCCGCCGCCGCACAAAUCGCACACAGACAUGAUUUCGCUUCUUCCAGGAACUCUGCUAGAUCCAGACGAAGUGAUUAAACGCAGUAAAGAGGCUGCAGUUGUGGCUAUACAGGCGGCGGCGGUCGUGGCUUCUGCUGGACGUGACGGGUCCCCACUUUCAGCCAGCGGUGACGUAAUGCUGGGUGCUGGCUCGGUAUUUGGAGUAACCGUGAGUACAUCAAUGCCUCGCCGCCUGCACGCUGCAAGCCUUACAAGCGAAGCGAAUGCUGUUAGUGUGAUGUCCACCUCAACAAUGCCAUCUACGGGCGCGGCGGCUGCAGGAGCUACCGCUACCACAGCUCCGGCAGGCACACAGGCGCAAACAAUAAAUGCAGCGACGACAGCAGCGUGGGGCGGAUUGGUCCAUGGCGUGGGUGCGAAUGAAGCGAAUGCUAGUAUGGCUGUGGAUAUCGCAACUACAUCCAGUGGCAGUGACGCACAGCGUACUGCACCGAUGCCCGUGACCACAUCGACGUUAUUGCAUGUGCUAGACCGCAUGCCCGAGGUAAAGAACAAGAUUCAAUUAAUCCUGAACCGCACUGACUGUUCCGAGUCGCAGAAGGUGGCGAUGAUUGCUCGAUUGUUGAGCAACACGAACGCCAUCAACACCACUAAUGCGCUUGGUGCGCCCGCCACAAUGCCUCUGGCCGAUGUGUCGUCUGCGAGCGGCACUGCGAUGUUGUCGGCGCUGACUGCUGGCUUCAGCUCGCCCAAUAUCCCCAUCGAUACGGAGACGCCGAUCCCCAUGCCAGCGCAACUAGGCCCGACAGCGGCGAACUUGGACACGUCGUCCAUCCUACCUCGGCAAGGACGAAUUCAGCAGCCGCCCGCCAAGUGA